ACAAAAUGGCUUCUGCGUCGCUACAUGGCGACCGCAGCCAAGUGGUUUCUCGUGGAAAGAAACCUCCUUCUCCGCUUGUGCAAGGAAGUAAAACACCAACACCAAGAAGCACUGAUACCAAGAAGCGUCUGAACAGUUCUGAUGGUAGCUCAAAACGAUUCGUCCCCGCGGCAAAGGUUCCAACACCAGCUUUCAAGUCCGCAACGAGACAUCGUCCUUCAGACGUCUUGAAUCCAAAGACUGUGGAUCCGUUUAAUGACACGACGCCAAAGUCUUCUUUUGCUGCAAGUUAUACAAACGGCGGAGUACCGUGCAGGUUGGUUCAUGGCUCUGUGAAACACAAACUUCAGUGGAGUACUUCUCCUGAUAACCUGCCAUUUGAUCCUGUGUUAAUUACAUUAGCAGAGGGUCUCAGAGAGACAAAACAUCCUUAUACAUUUGUUGCACGUGAAGGAUUCAGAGAAAUGCUUGAAAUUGAUGAUGCUACAUCUCGAACAUUACCAAUUCUACCAAAACUAAUUGUACCUCUUAGAGCUGCACUGGCUUCAAGUGACACGCAAGUUUUUCACAGUUCUUUGGAAGCUCUGGUGCAGCUCAGUUCAGUUGUUGGUUCUGCCCUCAACCCUCAUUUGAAGGCUCUUUUGCCACAGGUGUCAAAACGUUUUAUGGACAAAACUCAAAAAGAAAUAAUCCUGCAUGCACUGCAGAGACUUGAACAGAACUUGGGAAAGGAAAGUGUUCCAAUCAUCAAGUCAAAGAUACCAACAUAUCAGUCGGUUUGUCUAUAGCACUGGAUUGACAAAGCAUUGAUAAUUAAAAAUGAUGUUAUUGAAUAGAUUACAGAUAACAAAAUAAUAUGUAUUGAUAUUUUUGUAACCACAGAAUGUUGUAUGUCCCUGCUUCACAGAACUAGGUCUUGCUUUUAUUUAUUACUUUUGAGUGGUUAAAUAAUGAUUUUGAUUAUCAAGAUUGAAACUGGGGUUGUCUGUGACAGCAACUGGUGAAUUAUCAGCCUUUGUCAUUAACCUUUACCUUAAGCAGUUGUAAAUAAUUGAAUGUAAUAUUUAUUAAAUGUGUUCUCAAUCUGAUGCCUGUUGUGCCCUGAACUGUGACCCUGGAUCCAUAGGGUCACUUUUAGCAAAUUUUCAUGUUAUGAACUCAUUACUUCAUCAUAAUUUUCCCAUCUUGCUACAUGACAUGACUUUUCAAAUUAGUUCCAAGAGUUCGGUGUUAGGUUGAGACACAAGUUUCACAAGUUUGUCAGUUCUUAUCAAUGUUGGUUGGAUAAUGUAUUGAAAAAUUAUAGAGAGGAGAGGAAAUAUAUGUAUGUUAAUCACCUCAGGGAAGUGAGAAGUUAAAAAUGAAACAACAGCCCUGGUGCAUGCAGCAGAUUAACUUUUUCAUGAUUGGUCAAGUCAUGCCUGGCAGAGUAAAAUAUUUUUUUAUCAACAAUGACUGAAACAUGAUAUUUUUUCAAAAUUAUUACAAUUAUAAUUUUACAUUUUUUGGAAAAGAAGUUAUAAUGUUAAAGGACCCUGGACUUAAGGUUUUGCUCAUAGGUUGUAAACAAGGUUUAUGCAUAAAAGAAUGCUUACAAAUGUUCUAUGUGCUCUUGUGGUCACCAACUGAAGGAAAUUACAUGUGAUGUCUGUUUCAAAAACUAACUUUUUUUUCUUAAUUAAGUUAAUAUGUUUUACUAAUUUUAAUGUAAUAUCAAUAGUUAGUCAGAGUGCAUAGGAUUUACAAAAAUCAUCACAAAGUUUUUUUUUUGCAUAGGCAAAUGGCUACUUAAGAAAAACAUAGUGUAGUUGCUCAAAGAUUUCUUUUGAUUUCUAUCAUUGUAAAUACCAUAGUUUAACCACUUUAUAAAUGUGUGUAUAAAAGUGGAUAUGAGUGCUUGAUAGGUGUGUUAAAUUGGUGGAAGUAUUACAUGAGUUUAAAAGAUUCGGCUUGGCAGGGAAAAGCAAUAAAAUACUAUCACACUUUUUAUUUUCA